AAACUUGCGAUGAAAUAUUAAUGUGCAUUUUGACAGUUACAUUAAAGUACGUGGCACGUGAAAUGGAACCUAGUCCCCAAAAAGAUGGCCUCUAUAUUGAAUGUUUUGUUGCGAAAAUCGUCAAAUUUUGGCCAAACAAAAGCGCUUUUACAAAAUUUGCCUGCAAUUUACAAUGUGAAUUCUCAACGCAACGGUCAUAGAUGGUUCCCCGACGAAGAGUAUGUGAAGCAGUUCGAUGGUGUUGUGGUGUUCCCUGAUGAAUUAACAUCACUGAUGAAGCAUCCUCCAUACAACAGUAUCAUAGCACCCGGUGAGAAGAAUGUUCGCAAUAUGAUCUUGAACUUUGGGCCACAACAUCCUGCUGCUCAUGGUGUAUUACGAUUGGUACUUGAGUUAGAUGGUGAAACGGUACGCGCCGCUGAUCCACACAUAGGCUUACUUCACCGGGGCACAGAAAAACUUAUAGAAUACAAGACUUACACUCAAGCAUUGCCGUAUUUCGACCGAUUAGACUACGUAUCUAUGAUGUGUAACGAGCAAUGCUAUAGCUUGGCUGUGGAGAAGCUACUAAACAUUGAUAUACCAUUGCGAGCUAAAUACAUUCGUACUCUGUUCGCCGAAAUAACACGUAUCCUCAAUCAUAUCAUGGCCGUCGGGACGCACGCUUUGGACGUUGGCGCGUUGACGCCAUUCUUCUGGCUGUUCGAAGAAAGAGAGAAGAUGAUGGAGUUCUACGAAAGAGUGAGCGGUGCGAGAAUGCACGCCGCUUACAUAAGACCCGGAGGCGUGUCCUUGGACAUGCCUCUAGGCUUAAUGGACGACAUAUACGAGUUCUCGUCCAAGUUUGCCGAGCGAUUGGACGAAGUGGAAGAUGUCCUCACGACCAAUAGGAUCUGGGUGCAGCGCACCAAAGAUAUCGGCAUUGUAUCAGCUCAGGACGCACUCAAUUACGGAUUUAGCGGUGUGAUGCUCCGGGGCUCCGGUAUCAAGUGGGAUCUCCGCAAGACGCAGCCCUACGACGCUUACCAUCUGGUCGACUUCGACGUACCGAUCGGUACAAAAGGGGACUGCUACGACAGAUAUUUGAUCCGCGUGGAGGAGAUGCGUCAGUCUCUACGUAUAAUCGACCAGUGCCUCAACCAAAUGCCGCCCGGUGAAGUGAAGACUGAUGACGCGAAACUGACACCACCCUCGCGCGAGGAGAUGAAGACGUCCAUGGAAGCACUGAUCCAUCACUUCAAGUUAUUCACUCAGGGUUACCAAGUGCCCCCGGGUGCCACGUACACGGCUAUAGAAGCGCCCAAAGGUGAAUUCGGCGUUUAUCUAGUGUCCGACGGUGGAUCCAAACCGUACAGAUGCAAGAUAAAAGCGCCCGGCUUCGCUCAUCUGGCGGCUUUAGAGAAAAUCGGCAGGAACUCUAUGUUGGCCGACAUAGUAGCCAUCAUAGGAACAUUAGACGUCGUCUUCGGAGAGAUCGAUCGAUGAACGCGAUCGUUGAUUAGAUAAAAUGGAUUAUUUUUGUGUUGUCAUAAAAAUUUUACUUGUCAUAAGUACUGUCAUAAAACUAUAAUCUGAUAUUGUAUUAUAUAAUGAAAUCCCGUUAUUAUAAAAU